CAUUUUUGAGGGGGCCGCUUUCCCUCUUUUUUUCCCUCCCCCCUUUCCCCCUCUCUCCGUGCGCGCGUGGUGCUUUUUUUCCCCUCCGUGUCACUCUGUCAAGUUUACCCCAAAACAAGCCCAAACUUCGAGCAACCACAGCUUUCCCCCUUUAGAUUUUUUUUUAUUAUUUUUUUUCCCUCUUUCCCCCCUCUUUCCCCUCGCUGAGGGGAGCGCAGAGGGGGGCGAGCCGGGGCCCCCCGAGCCCCGGGACCCCCCAAGCGGCGCCGAGCGGCCGCUCCGCACUCGCCCUCUCCCCGCGCGCGUUGUGUGGGUGCGAGCGCGGUGCCUGUCAAGGGGCUGUUUCUCUCCCCACCCUCCUCCUCCUCCCUUCUUUCCAAAUAUGCUUUUUGCAAGUUUUGAUCUCGUCUCGGCACUGGCUACCCUCGCCGCGUGCUUGGUGUCACUGACUUUGCUGCUGGCCGUGUCCCAACAGCUGUGGCAGCUCCGCUGGGCUGCCCCCCGCGACAAAACCUGCAAGCUACCAAUCCCCAAAGGCUCCAUGGGAUUCCCUUUAAUCGGAGAGACCUUCCACUGGCUCCUGCAGGUUUUCUCCAAGAUUUUCAGCCACGAGGCUCUGGAGAGUUACCUCCCCAAGAUCCAGCUGGUGAUCAAGGACACCCUCCGGGCCUGGAGCAGCAACCCCGAGUCCAUCAACGUGUACCACGAGACGCAGAAGCUCACGUUCCGCAUGGCCAUCCGCGUCCUGCUGGGAUUCCGCAUCCCCGACGAGGAGCUCGGCCGCCUCUUCGAGGUCUACCAGCAGUUCGUGGAGAACGUCUUCUCCCUGCCCGUGGAUCUGCCCUUCAGCGGAUACAGGAGGGGAAUCCGGGCUCGGGAGACGCUGCAGAAGGGGCUGGAAAAAGCCAUCCAGGAGAAGCUGCAGAACACGCAGGGCAAGGACUAUGCUGAUGCCCUGGACAUCCUGAUAGAGAGUGGGAAGGAGCACGGCAAGGAGCUGACCAUGCAGGAGCUGAAGGAUGGCACCCUGGAGCUGAUCUUCGCUGCCUACGCCACCACGGCCAGCGCCAGCACCUCCCUGAUCAUGCAGCUCCUCAAACACCCGCGGGUGCUGGAGAAGCUGCGGGAGGAGCUGCGCAGCAAAGGGAUCCUCCACAACGGCUGCAUCUGCGAGGGCUCCCUGCGCCUGGACAACAUCAACGGCCUCCAGUACCUGGACUGCGUCAUCAAGGAGGUGCUGAGGCUCUUCACCCCCAUCUCCGGGGGGUACCGGACCGUGCUGCAGACCUUCGAGCUGGACGGUUUCCAAAUCCCCAAGGGCUGGAGCGUGAUGUACAGCAUCCGGGACACCCACGACACCGCUCCCGUCUUCAAGGACGUGGACGUCUUCGACCCCGACCGCUUCGGGCAGGGCCGGAGCGAAGACAAGGACGGCAGGUUCCACUACCUCCCCUUCGGCGGAGGCGUACGGACCUGUCUGGGCAAGCACCUGGCCAAGCUCUUCCUCAAGGCUCUGGCCAUCGAGCUGGCCAGCACCAGCCGCUUCGAGCUCGCCACCAGGACUUUCCCCAAAAUCACCCUGGUGCCCGUGGUCCACCCGGUUGACGGACUCAAGGUCAAAUUCUUCGGACUGGAUUCCAACCAGAACGAGAUCCUGACGGGCACAGACGCCAUGCUGGGGGCCACCGUAGGCGCCUCUGGGGAAGGUCGCAGGAAGUGUGAAGCGAGCGGAGGCGAGGCCGCCUUGGCGGGGGCAAGGAGGAGGGAGGAGGUUUGGAGCCAAGGGAAGCACUUGAGUUCCAGCACUUUUGGGAAGAGAGGAGGAGGUGGAGGUGGAGGUGGGGGCGAUGCCUCAUCCCAGCUCCAGGUGCACCUGCCUCCAGCCCCCAGCAUCCUGCUCCCCCCGGAAUUCGCUCUGCCAACGGAAAAAUUCUCCACGUGGAAAAACGGCGGGAUUGGCCGGGAUCUGAAAUGGAAAUGUGAGGAAAAUUCCCAUUCCUGGCCGGGCUUCGUCUCCUCCGCCUGCUCCCGCUGCAGUUUCGUUUGGAGACGUUCCUCCCGCUCCCCUGGGACGUUCCCAACUAGCCCGGACAAAGCUCGGGACAGAGCCACGAGCACGUAG